AUGGAUCUCCUGCAGAAGAGCAAAUACAGCCACCUGCGGAAUGAGUCCGUCUCCUCCCUGGAGGAGGCGGGGGGUGGCGGGGGGGCCCCGGCCUCCCCCGUGGAGUCCCUUGCGGGCACGCGGUCUCUGCCUGGCUCCCUGUCGUCCUCCUCCCUCAGCCCCAUGCUGCCUCUCGGGGAGCUCUCAUCCGAGUCGGAGGACAGCCCCACCACCCUCUGCUCCUUCUUCCCCAAAAUGGCCAACCUGAAGCUCUCGAACCCCGCCAACCUGCUCAGCCUGCGGGGCUCCUCGGCUGGCAGCCUCAAGGAGCCCGGGAGCCCAGGGGAGCCCGGCCCGGCCGGGACGCUCGCACCGGCACCGGGAGGAGCCGGCGGCCCCGAUUCAGCGGGACCUGUCGCUGUCUGUUCCCAGGAUAUGAACAAGCUGAGCUGCGGGAAGAAGACGCGGGUGGAAGGCGGCCAGCUGGGCGGCGAUGAAUGGACCCGCCACGGCAGCUUUGUCAAUAAGCCCACGCGCGGCUGGCUGCACCCGGACGACAAGGUCAUGGGCCCGGGGGUCUCCUACCACGUCAGGUACAUGGGCUGCGUGGAAGUCCUCCAGUCCAUGAGGGCUUUGGAUUUCAACACCAGGACCCAGGUCACCAGGGAGGCGAUCGGCCUGGUGUGCGAGGCUGUGCCCGGUGCCAAGGGAGCUGUGCGGAGGAGGAAGCCCUGCGGCCGCUCCCUGAACUCCAUCCUGGGGAAGAGCAACCUGAAGUUCGCCGGCAUGCCCAUCACCCUGACCAUCUCCACCAGCAGCCUCAACCUCAUGGCCUCCGACUGCAAGCAGAUCAUUGCCAACCAUCACAUGCAGUCCAUCUCCUUCGCUUCUGGUGGAGACCCGGACACCGCUGAGUACGUCGCCUACGUUGCCAAAGAUCCCGUCAACCAGAGAGCCUGCCAUAUCCUGGAGUGCCCUGAGGGCUUGGCGCAGGACGUGAUCAGCACCAUCGGGCAGGCCUUCGAGCUGCGCUUCAAGCAGUACCUGAAGAACCCCCCGAAGCUGGUGACGCCCCACGACAGGAUGGCGGGGUUCGACGGCUCUGCCUGGGAUGAGGAGGAGGAGGAACCAGCCCCAGACCACCAGUACUACAACGACUUCCCCGGCAAGGAGCCUCCCAUCGGGGGGGUCGUGGACAUGCGGCUGCGGGAGGGGGCUGCGCAGACCCCCAACCACCUGGGGGCCACGCUGCCCAUCGGCCAGACGUCUGGUGGGGAGUACGACCCCCGGAAGCAGCACGCUCCUGCCCAGGCAGGGAGAGAGAAAUACCCGGCUGCAGCAGGCGCGGCCGGCCGCACGGACCUGUUUGAUGACCCGUCCUACGUGAACGUGCAGAACGUGGACAAGGCGCGCCAGGCGUCAGCUGCCGGCGCCCCCGCGACAGCCAACGGCAGCGCCCAGCGGGACCUUUUCGACAUGAAGCCCUUUGAGGAUGCCCUGCGCGUCCCCCCUGCCGUGCCGGUGAGCCUGCCGCCGGCCCAGGUGGUGGCCUCCAUGGAGGAGCAGCUGCGCCGGGAGCCCUGGUACCACGGGAAGAUGAACCGCAAGGAGGCCGAGAAGCUGCUGAAAGUGAACGGAGACUUCCUGGUGCGGGAGAGCACCACCACCCCGGGCCAGUACGUGCUGACCGGUUUGCAGGGCGGGCAGCCCAAGCACCUGCUGCUCGUUGAUCCCGAAGGAGUGGUGCGGACAAAAGACCACCGCUUCGAGAGCGUCAGCCACCUCAUCAGCUACCACAUGGACAAUCACCUGCCCAUCAUCUCGGCUGGCAGCGAGAUGUGCCUGCAGCAGCCUGUGGAAAGGAGACUGUGAGCGCCCGGGGGCCCUGGUGCGCGGCCCCCCCCCCCGGCCCCGCUCCCUGCCCCAGGGGGGAGUGCUUGGACUCGCAGCCGGGUGCCCUGCCCGGGACUGGGCUCGGACUGCCUGGGGAUGGGGAUGGCCCCGGCCCCGUCCGCCACGUGGAGCUGGCGGCUGCGGGGGCAGCGUGGUGGGAGCUGCCUGCAGGGCGGGGGGCUGUCGUUGCCAAAGCCCCUGCCUCCCCCCAGCUCCAGCCUUUGCACAGCAGCUCAGCUCGAACCAAAGCCUGGCCCCGGGCGGUGUCGCCGCAGCGUGGUGCGACCGCCGGCCGCCCUCGUGCUCACCCACGGGGGGCACGGGCCCUCGGCCCCUCGUCCCGCCAGCCCCAGGGGGGGGUCCGGCCGGGGGCCUCCCCAGGGCUGGGCCCUGCGCUCCCCAAGCACAAGGCCGGGCGGCCGCGCACCGAAUGUACCCGAUCACUUUAUGUGUUAACUGUGCCUUGACCCCGCAGGUCCCACACACUUAUGCAAUGCAGCCAGGCGGGGGGGCGACGGCCCCGAGCCCCCUCCGGGCCCUGCCGAGCCCCUUCCCGGGCACCCUCCCCGGGGGCUGGGGGGGGGGUGGGGGUGACCGGGCCCUGCCGCAUGCACCUCGUUCCCCGAAGCCAAAGCGCAGCCCUGCCCCGGCCCCGCUAUAACCAAAGGAACCGGCGGGCGGUAUUAAAGUUGGUAUUUCUCUA